AUGGCUGGUUCUUUCUCCUGGCUCUUAAUCGUUUUCUUGGGCAUCUUCUCUGCAUCUGCGGAUCGUCCCAGGGGCCGCAUCCUUGGGGGAUUAGAGAGUGCCCCCUACCAGAGGCCUUACAUGGCAUCUCUGCAAGAGGAUGGGAAGCACAUCUGUGGAGGUUUCCUGAUUGCUGAUCAGUGGGUGCUGAGUGCUGCCCAUUGCCUGGAGGACAUGAAGAACGGGACUUUCCAGGUCCUUCUGGGAGCCCAUUCUCUCUCAGCUCCUGAGCCAAGCAAGCGCCAGUAUGGGGUCCGUCGGCUCAUUCCUCACCCAGGCAGCAGUGAAGACACCAUCCUUGAUGACCUCUUGCUUGUCCAACUUGAAGAACGGGCGGUCCUUGGACCGAGGGUGCAGACCCUGGCUUACCAGACCGAAAACGUCGAUGUCCCGGAAAACACAGUCUGUGAAGUGGCUGGCUGGGGCAUUGUCAGCAAUACCGGGAAGCGUCCGGACAAACUGCAGUUUGUGAGGCUCGGCAUCAUCAGCCGCACCUCGUGCAAUAGGAGGCGGUGCCAUGAUGGUCUUGUGACGGAGAAGAUGAUGUGUGCUGAGUCCAAGAAGAAAGAUUCAUGCAAGGGAGACUCUGGUGGACCUAUAGUUUGCAACGGCAUUGCUGAAGGCAUCGUGACCACCGGCUCCCGUGUUUGUGGCAACUGGCUGAAACCUGGCAUUUACACCCGGACUGCUCCCUAUGCCGAAUGGAUCUCCACCACCAUGGCAUCCUCCCAUUAA